AUGAUAAAAGAAACUAUAAAAAAGAAAGUUCAUCAGUCCUAUACUAUUCAAGAAAAGAUGAUUUUUGUUCAAUAUGCCCUUCGUGAAAGUAAUACUAAGGCCGCUGCAAAGUUUGGUUUGGACAAGUCUCAAGUUGGCUGUUGGGGGUUUUUUCCUGAAGAAGAAGCCCAGCUUUAUGUCUGGAUAGUUGAAAUAU